UCCGUUGCCAUUCCCAUCUCCAGGUCUUUUUUGAGCAUGGAUCGUUUGAGAAAGGGUAUUCGAAAAACCCUCGUUUCCACUCUGGGUUUUGGCUAACGAAUCCGCACCAGAUCUGAUUUCUCCCCUCUCUCACUUGCUGUCUGAAGCUAGGAAAUCUGAUUCAAAACCAGUAUGGAUGAAGUAAAAUAAGGCAUAAAGCAAUCUGUUAUCAGUCAUCACCCAUCCAUUCUGCAGACAUUAGCUGCAACUGUGCAGGGAGUAGAUAACCGAGCAGUUGAGUAAUCUCAGAAAAUAGACAGUGAACGAAGAUGAACACGGAUAUCACAGCAUCGGUUAAGCCUGAGUACCCGGUCAUCGACAGAAACCCUCCUUUCACCAAGACGGUUGCCAAUUUCAACACACUCGAUUACUUUCGCUUCAUUACCAUUACUGGCAUUUCUGUCACUGUUGGAUACCUCUCUGGAAUAAAACCCAACAUUAGAGGUCCAUCGAUGGUGACUGGAGGUCUGAUAGGGCUAAUGGGUGGAUUCAUGUAUGCGUACCAGAACUCUGCAGGGAGGCUCAUGGGUUUCUUUCCUAAUGAUGAAGAGGUAGCUCGGUACAAGAAAUGAAAAGAGAUCCCUGUUUAAAUGAACGAAAGGAGUUCAACUGGGGUCUUUAUUUUCUUUCAAGACAUUGGUAAUCUUAAUAAUCAUAUUGUUCUUCUUGUUUGUUGAACACGUUAAAAUUGCUAUUACAUUAUUGGGUUUGACCUUUGAGUUUAUU